AUGACGUUACUGUUCGUAAUUAUGAAUGACGCGGAGAAGAACGCGUCCAGAGGGCUGGUACUGCUCCGUCGUCACACGGCCACCGCAAGAACGCCGCCGCUGACAGACCUUCCGGAGGAGUUGAUCAUGGAAAUCUUGCUGAGGCUUCCGGCAAGGAAGCUUGUUUCUCUAAGGAGCGUGUGCAGUUCAUUUGGAAACCUAAUUUCCACCCCUGAGUUCACCCGCAACCAUCUUCGUCGUUCAUGCUUACGCGAUCCAAGCCUGACUUCGCUACGAAUUGCUUGUUACAACAGUUUGCCCCUCAGAAGCAAUGGUGUCAGAUACGACAGUUUUGGAAUUCUGUCCGUACGGUCAAUAAUGGAGAACCCUUCUGAACCUACUAAAGUCGAUUACUUCAGUGGACAACGCUACAACAGAAUCGUUGGUUCUUGCCAUGGAUUGUUAUGCUUUUUUGAAGAUGACGGCCAGAAUAUACAUGGCAUCUUGUGGAACCCCUGUACCGGAUUCAUAUUCCAAUCACCGCAAAUCAGCGGUCAAGCCAUCCUUUGUGGCUUUGGUUACGAUCAUCUCAGUGAUAGCUACAAGCUCUUUGCAAUUUUAAGGAAGAAAGGGCCAUCUGGUUUGGAAUUUAGUACCAGAAUUUAUACUUUUGGACCAACUUCUUCCUGGAGAAGAAUUGAUGAUAUCCCAUUUGUCCCAACUGAAGAACCUUUCAUGCCUGAUAAUAUGGAAGGGGUAUUUUUUGGUAGUAGCCGAUCAUGCACUAUUAAUUGGAGUGUGAAUCAUCGGAUGGUUGUUUAUUUUGACUUGGGUAAAGAGACUUAUGGUUAUUUUUCUCUGCCUUAUACCGAUUCAGAUGAUUAUUUUCAGAGGAUGAGCACUUAUUUAUUUAUCUUGGGAAACUGUCUUUCUGUUUGUUAUGAGCAUUUAAACGCACAAUGCUGGUUUGUGUGGCAGAUGAAGGAAUAUGGAGAUGCUCAAUCUUGGACUAAAUUGGCAAGUAUUUCCUUCCAUCUGCAACUCGUAAAUUUGGGUUUUCCUUUACAAUCUCUUUACAUCUCAGAAAGUGAUGUACUUUUGGCCAUUUCUCCCUCUUUAAGAAUAGUUUUGUGUAAUUUAAAGGAUGGUAGCAUAUAUUUACCUGACAGCAUGAAUUUAAAGGAGAACUAUCCUAAUCUUUCUCAAAGUAUAGGUUGUUCUAAGAUGGCUUAUAUCUACCAUGAAAGCUUAGUUUCACCAAAUAGUCUUCAAAGCAACUCGUCCAAAAUGCUGCUGAAAAAAUCCAAGUUUAUUAUCUCUUAA